AUGGAGGUGCUAAACAGGUGCUUUUUUUCGUCGUGCUCAAAUAGCCCGCGAACAUUGUUCGUCUUCUUUUUUCUCUACGCAGGCGUCGGUGCCCAGGGUGGAGACCUAGAUGAGGCGUGUUCGGCGGCGUUAGACAAGAGGGGGAUGGGGCUUCUCGUCCCCGUUUCCCGAGGCAUCAGCAGGGCGGAUGACCCCGCGGCGGAAGCGGUUGCCCUCAAGGACCGGAUAAACGCGGCAAGGGUGGGGACCGAAGAUGAUCAACUGCUGAUAGACUCUCAAUCACUUGCACGCCCAUGCAUGCGGAAUUCUACGCACCUACCCUUACACCCGCGGCGUUCGUUUGGACGCGCCCGGCUAUCACGCUUCUCUGAUCAGAAACGGUGCACGGAUCAGCGCAAGGAACCAACAGCAGCAGCAUCGACAACAACGGCGUUGCUGCCGUACCAGCGAGAGUUCAUCGAGUUCUCGAUGUCGCACAAGGUGCUGAAAUUCUGCGAUUUCUCGGAGGGGGGGGAGGCAUUCUUCGUGCUGAAGUCCAAGCGCCAGUCCCCUUACUUUUUCAACGCCGGCCUCUUCUGCAAGGGGAGCGCGCUCGCUAAGCUGGGCAAGUUUUACGCCGAGGCGAUCAUGAACGCUCGCCCUCCGCUGGAGUUCGAUGUCGUCUUUGGUCCCGCCUACAAGGGUAUUCCCCUAGGUGCGGCGGUCGCCUACACGCUGGCGGACCUGCACGACAGAGACGUAGGCUUCUCCUACAACCGUAAGGAGCCCAAGGACCACGGGGAAGGGGGAUUGUUGGUCGGCGAAGACCUCAAGGGUAAGCGCGUGCUGGUGGUUGAUGACGUCAUCACAGCCGGGACAGCUAUUCGAGAAGCCUUCAGGAUUUUGCGCAAGGAGGGCGCCACGCCAGCCGGAGUCGUCAUCGCGUUGGACCGACAGGUGAAGAGAAGAACAAAGGAACAAGGAAUCAACUAA